GGACUAGAACGAAACAAUGGUGGAAUCUACAUGGUGCAAAAUAUACUUCACCUAAUCCAGAUCGGGCUCCGGAUCCCAACGAUCACAAUAUUAUCCCUCUGUGAAUCGUCUCUCUUUCCCCCUCUCGACAUUUGAAAUCGGAGCAGAAGCUAAUAAUCGGUUCAGGUAUGGAGGAUGGUAACAUGCAAGAGCAGGUUAACGGAAAUCUUUCCGAGGAUAAAAGCUGCAUGCCUUCAUCUAAACAGGAGGAGGAAGCUGUAAAGAAGAAAUAUGGAGGAAUAAUGCCUAAGAAACCACCUCUUAUUUCUAAGGACCAUGAGCGCGCAUUCUUUGAUUCUGCUGAUUGGGCGCUUGGAAAGCAAGGUGCUGAGAAGCCCAAAGGACCACUAGAAGCCCUACGGCCUAAAUUACAGCCAACACAACAGCAAACACGAUACCGGAAGUCUCCUUAUGCCCCGGCAGAUGGGGAAGAUGGAGGAAGUGCUCCAUCCGAGGAUGCAACUGCCAAUGAAUGAGAAGUUAUUAUAGAAUAUAGAUCUCCUCUUGUGGGGACUUGAUUGUUAUUCUAAUACCUACAUUAUUGAUGAGUAAUUUUCUGUUAUCUGCUGCCAUAAAGUUGGUGAAGUUGUUUGGAUAUUUCUGAAAAGAAACUAAUAUAUAGACAACAUUUUGUAA